AUGUUUAUAGAAGCAUGCCGACUCGGAAUAUUGCAAAAAACAUCUAGACGUCCUUUGGAAGAAGAAAGGCAAUCUCUCGUACCUGGAUCGGUAUUCGUGUAUGACGAAAAUGAAGCCGGAAUUAAACGUUGGACCGACGGAAAAUUAUGGUCUCCAAGUAGGAUUUAUGGAGACUUUUUGCUUUAUCAAGAACUGGAGUCGCGCCUUAACCACAUAAAGAAAUACGAAGAUCUUGAUGAAAGUAUUAGGGAGAGUAUUCAAAAAGAAAAUAAAAAGUUUCACGUGUCCAACAAAGGCACAUUUGUGUAUAGUAAUGAAGGUUUGGUGAAGAAAACCAUUUCAGCAAAUGUUGAUGGCAGUAUUCAACAUAUGAUCAUAUAUGAAGAUAAGCAAGGUCAUCACGAUGAACUAUAUCCACCUCAGGCUUAUGUUGAAUUAUCAAAUCUUAUGCCAAGUCCAGCAAUUACGAAAAGCGGAGCUUUACGCAGGGCAUCUUCAUCAUCCAAAACCGGUAAUUCCAAAUAUUCAUUGUCAAAAAUCCAA